AUGCCGAAUGCCUUAUCCGCGUCCAGUGUGAUAAGAAGUCCUCCAGUCUUAGCAGCAUUCAAGUGGCAUAUAAGGUAAUUAAUUUCCUGGUGUUGUCCGAGCCUUGGCGGCCUCUCACAAACCCAGAUUGGUCGUUAGUUAUCAGAUUAAGCAACAGAGUGGAAAGUCUGUUAGCUAUUGUGGCGGUCACCCUGAUGGGAAGAGGGGUUCCACCACCAGAGAUACAACUUUCUCCCACAAACAUGAGACGAGGCUCUAUGCUGUGGGACAACUGGUUUUAAUGGUGCCACACACGGCCUUUUGUCAAUCCAAUGCAAUGUCAAUGUCAAUCCCCAUGCAAGGGGCACUCCCCACUGGACCUGAGAGUAGACUACAGUAAAAACAAACACACAAUUACAUUGGCUCUCAGUUCCAGGACAAUCCCAUACAAAUAAGAUAAUCCCUCCCCUGUGCCUGGAAGAUAAUUGAGUCAUGAACUGUAUAAUUUUUAGUGCUUUUGUCCUAUAUCUUGCGGUUAAGGGGAAUGUCACGUCAUUGGUGAAAGUGGUAUCUUUGUCGCAGUCAAGUAUGAAGUUGGUAUCUCACCCCACUACAACCUCCCCAAAUUUAUACAGGUCGGUUAUAAUAAAAAUCAUGGCCAUCAUGGGGUCAUAGAUAUUUAGCAGAGUGUAGGGAGUGUUGUUAAUAUAACAUUGUAAAAGUCCCUCUUUAUCACAUUUUUUCUGCACCAGGGAGAAUGCCACUUGUUUGCUAACCAAAAUGGAAACACCCCUUUUUUGUUUUGGAGCAGAGGUGGUGGUCUAUAGGGUAAAAGGAGGAGUUAAAUUUACGGCGGGCUCCCCACUUGAAGUGGGCCUCUUUAUAAAAGACGACAUACGCAUGGCUUUUUUUCCCACUGAAAGAGCCAACCUGCGCUUGUGGGGCGAAUUGAGCCCUUUAACAUGUAGUGAAAAGAUUUUAAGACUCAUGAUGCUAGGUGAUAAGGUACUGCAAUGGAGAUUGCUCCAUGGUGCAAAUGCAAAAUGAACACAUGGCCUUUAGUCACAAAAUUAAACAACCCCAAGGGUUACACGUCCUCCCAAUCAUUUCCCUCAGCUGGCCAUCAGACCCCACCCGUCAAAUACAAUAUAUGUGAAGGCGUGAUUCCUGGCAGAUUCCUGGCAUUCCUGUGAAUAUUAUUGGCAACUACACCCUAGACUUGCAGGAAAGUGGGGACUCUAUGACAAAUGUGUGGGUUUGCCAUGAUGGCUCUUGCACUGUUCACCUUCCCGACCUCGGGUCCACAAGAAAGGCUCCUGACCUUUCUAUUUCAGCCCCGACAAUAAGUCACAUCGUGUUGACAGUACGUAUCCUGUGCACUGGUGUAGUUGAAAAUAAAAAUUUGGUUAAUAAUAUUUUAAGCAAACAGGUACUUAAUAUAGUAUAAUGCAACAAUGCAGUGCUUGUUGCGAGUAAAAGUAAAACAUGUUCAGCAUUAAAAUUUCCUUGCUGGAAAUAUGGCACAUUAUAUUUUUAUAAACCCAACCCACUUUGCUCCAUCUGUUAAUACAUUUUAAAACCAAAUGCACCGUUCAUUUGUGCUGCAAAAAAACGAACAGUUGAGCCGGUUUGAUUUUGAAGAUUUUGCACUUUAUAUUUGAUCAAACCCUGCUCACUCUGCAUCCCAUCUUAUUAAAUUUUAAAAACAAAUAUGCCAUUUGUUUGUGCUAAUUUGUGCUGUAAAAAUAAGUGUUUGGAUGGUCUGUGUCCAUGUGUGCUUACGUAUGUAUGUCAGUACUUGCACAGCUGGAUUAAGGUUGCCCAGAGCCGUAGGCAAGAUGCCAGAUUAGGACCCUUCGUAGAGCCUUGGGCUCUGUUCUGCAGAUACAAGUGUAUGUGUGGUUGAGUGUUGUGUGUAGGAGCUUGUAGUAGCUGAGUGUUGUGUGUAGUGGUGGCUGGGUGUGCUUGUUUAUGCUGGUUGAAUAUUAUGAGUGUGUUGUGGCUUAAUUUUGUGUGUGGAUAGGUCUAUUUGGCUCAGGGUUGUGUGAAUGUGUUGGAAAAGGAAGUUGCGUGUGUGUGGGUAAGUUUUUCAUUUGCUCUCUCCAGCAUGUGUGGGUCUGUGCCUGUCUGUGUGUGUGUUUGUGCCCGUGUGUGCUUGUGGAUGUCGGUUUGUGUGUCUCUGCUUAUCUGUGUCUAUGUGAGUGUAACUGUGAGUGUACCAAAUGAUGUGUUAAGCAGUGGAAAUGGGAUGGUUAGAGGUGAAUUUUGUUGGGGAUUUGCGCCUAGGACAAUUAACGUCAAAUUAACUAUAUAUGCAAUUGAUUCUUACUUGCAUAGUAGAUUUGCAGUGCCUGAUUUCCAUCAUGAGCAUCUGUGUGCCCAAAAUUCUCAAGAGUCCCCAAACCUCCACUUUCAAACAAAAAAAUAAAUAAAAUUUUGACUGUUUAAACAUUAUGCUAAAAAUGUUGUGUGUGUGUGUGUGUAUAUAUAUAUUGGGGGCACUGUUUUAUUUUAGGUGACUUUGCUGAACACAAAUAUUAGUGUUUCAAAACAGUAAAACGUAUCACAACAAUUACAUAUUCAGUGAAAGUGCCGUUUGUGUCUGAAAAAAUGCAAAAAAGUCACUUUCACUGACAAUAUCAUCGCUGUGAUAUGUUUUAUUGUUUUAAAACACUAAUAUUUGUAUUCAGUGAAGUCUCCAGAGUAAAACAGGUUUUAGGAUGUCAUAGAAAGUUACAGGGUUAAAUAUAGUGCUAGCAAAUUAAAUUCCCUGGACUUUCGGCCUGGGUUGUCAGGCAGGUCCCUCAAAUUGCAAUCAAUAAAAUUACUUAAUUAUGUAAAAAUAUUACAUAAAUAUGCAAGUAGAAUUUAAAUAUAUACACAUAUUUAUAUAUCUGAAGUCUACGUGUAUACUUAUGAAAUUAUUUAUGUAAUUUUGUAUAUGAAUAUAUAUAUUUUGUAUUAUUUCUUUUUAUUUAUAUAUACAUAUAUAUAUAUAUAUAUAUAGAUAGAGAUAUAUAUAAUUUAAUUCUAAGUGUUUUUUGAUAUAAAUAAAUAUAUAUUAAUAUCAAAAUACAGUUACAAUAACAUAUUAUAUAUAUAUAUAUAUAUAAAAUUAAAAAAAAAUAUUUAAACUUUUUUUAUUUACUUAUUAUUUGUAUUUUACAAUAUGUGUGUGUAUAUAUAUAUAUAUAUACACAAUAUAUAGUUAUUAUAUAUAUAUAUAUUAUAUAUAUGUGUGUAAUUUAAUUAUAAGUGUAUUUUUAUAUUAAUAUGUGUAUAUAAUAAUAUAAAUAUACACUUAGUAUGACAUUAUAUAUAUAUAUAUAUAUAUAUAUAUAUAUAUAUAAGAUAUAUAGACAAAUAUUAUUUAGAUAUAAUAUAUAUAUAUAUAUUUAUACACACACACACACACAUAUAUUAUUAUAUUUUUAUUUAUUAACACAUUUUUUUAUUUUACACAUGCAGGGAGACUGCCUGUCAGCACAGGCAGUCCCCCUGCAGGCAGAUACACAGGCACCUGUUGCGGCCAUGUGACCGCUCUGUUAGAGCGAUCACAUGGCCGGGGGAUCCUAAUUCGCUGAGGGGGGACUGCCAGGCAGUCCCUCCUCACCAGGAGCAACGCCGAUCGCUGCCAGGGGAACUGCAGUGAUCGGGUAAGUAAAUAUUACCGUUAUGACAUUUCAGGACCGUCAUCGGUCAAUGGUAUUUUUCCGGUCCUGAACCGUCAGCAGUAGUAAAGGGGUUAAAGGAAUACUUUAAGCACCAUAACCACUACAAAAUGCUGUCUUGUUUGUUUUAGAUUGUAAGCUCGUUUAUACACUGCCCACCUCACCUUCUGAUCUCAUAUAUCGAACAUGCUUUGUUAGAAUUAUUUACCAGUAACAGAGAAAGUGCAGCAAUAUAUGUUAGCGCUAUAUAAAUCAUUGUAAUUGUUUUAAAUUAUUUUUACUAGUGCCAUUUCUAAUUCCUUUCAAUAGGUGUAAUUUUAAUUUGUUAUAUAAAUGUGUAUGUCUCUCUUUAAUAUACUAAUUAUGUUAUCAGUUUUAAUCACAACAAUAUUAUAUCUUUUAUAAUGUCUUAUACUAUAUUUUUAUCAUUGAUAGAUUUUUUUACAUAUAGAUGUAUGUGUUUUGCGUCUAUAUAUACAUAUAUAUAUAUUUUAUAUGCACAUCCUGCAUUACUGAAAUUUAACAUCUUGUUAUUAUUUGUACCAUAUAUCCAUUGCAUCUCCAUUGUUCCUAUUUAAUUUUGAGAUAUAUAUAUAUAUAUAUAUAUAUGGUUGCACUUUAUUUGUUUUUCCUAUUCUGCAUAUGUUAUAUUGACAAAUGGUUUCUAUGCCACAAUCUAUGACUGUAUACUACAUAUUUUGAAAAAUGUUAACUCAGUCUGGUGCUACAUAUUUUCAGUGUCUUCUAUGAUAUAUUUUUAACAUCUACUCUUUUUUUUCUCCCCCUCAACAACAAAAUGCUAUUGUACUAUCUUGUAUUUUUUAUUUGUGAGUUAAACAUCUGUAUUUCCUGCUUAUUUUUUUAUUGUUUUUUUAUUGAUUAGACAUACAUAUUGCCAAAGCUGUUUGUAUUAUACAUCAUUGCAUGGCUAUUUUUUAAAUUGUUUUAAACCACCAAUACAUCACUGCAUUCAGAUGAAAAGUUGAUUCCUUGUUUAUUUUCAAGAGGUUGGACUAUGUAUUUGUAAUUAGUGGCAACACUUGAGGGCGGAACUAUUAUUGCCCAUAUAUGUUCCCCCAUUGCUAGUCGAGACUAUAUCACUUAUGUACUGAAGGAGCCGGAAGGCGAAACGCGUCCACGUAAGCACGCACUGACGUCACUAAGGUGGGCGACACCUACAAACCCCGCGACCGGACAAAAUUUUCCCCGGCUUAUCGGCUCAUCGGGACCACAGCUGAGGGACACGGACACAGCCAGAAUUACCUCCGGACUCAUAUUAUUGCACAAUCCGGUAGGAUUUCUGAGACUAUUCCUGCAGACUGCUGCAAUCGUCUGGACAUUUGACAUAUAGCGCUUGUGAGUAGAGGAGCCUCUGUGCCAGCAUAAAUCUCACCAACUUACACACUGUACGCAGCAUCUAACCAUUUCUUAUCAUAUUUUGAUAUACUGCAUGAUUAUUAUUGUAUUUUCUCUUUGCAUGCUAUUGAGAAUCUACUGCAACUUAUAGGUAUAUAUUUUAAAUAAUUUUUCUUUUCCACAUAAGGUCUAUUGGCAGGUUUCUCUGCCAUUUUGCGCUCCACUUAUUUUACACUUUUAAUAUUAUAAAAGUGGAAAUUGUAAAUUAUUUAUUUUAAAUGGUUUAUUUUUAUAAAAUGUUUUGUGCAUUUUUCUCUUUGUUUUUCCUUUAUUUCCUUGGUUUGAAUAAUGAGCAAAUGGUAUACAUUAUUAAAUAAUCUCUAUGGAUGUUCAAAGUUUCUGGUUUAAAUGGAAAGAUUUGCAAUUUUCUUCAUUUUAAAGCUAUAAUUUAGUGAAUAUUCCCCCUUGACAGUUUUAAUUUGGAACUGAGAGUAUUUUGCAUAAAGUUCCUUAGUAGAACCAAUGACUUUACAGGAUUUUCGAACUUUUUGAGCUGUGCACGCCCAUAUAGUGGGUCAGAGUUGGGCAGAUCUGAGGAAGCCGAUACACUUGUCGAAGCGCGUCAUUACGUCACAGAACGUUAGACGUCAACAAUUUAUACAUUGCUUGCAACAUGCAGAUACUCCAUACAUCAGUAUUUAAGCAGUAUACACAGAAAAACAUUAAAAGUAUCUCAGAAUCCUGUAAAAAAUGGUCACAUAUCAUGGCUACAUUAAAAAUGUUUCAGAUACUCUGGAAAGUAUUCUUUUGUAAAUGGUAUGCAUUUAUUGAAAAAUUUCUGAACCGAUCAAAUCCCCCAAAAUAAGUUGUAGAUCUAGCAUACAAAUAUGUCGUAAUUCCAAGUUUGAAACCUGAUAUGUUUUCACACCCAAAGUGUAAAAUGAGAAUUGUCAGUGACUCAAAGUGAAUUCAAAUUUAAGAUAAAAAAAAAUUCAGAUUAGCUUUGUUAUGAGUUUGGCUAUUUUUGUCUAAAAUUAGAAAUUCUCUUUGAAUUCCCACUUUAGUGAAUAACCCUCAAAGUGUUUGGAUAAGCAGAUCAUCUGCCAAUUAUCUAGUGAUGUCAUGCUGCAUUUGUUACGUCAUUGUUUGACUCACUGAUUAUGCUGAAUCAACUCACUAGUGUAUUUGGAGGCUUUGAGAAAGGUACUCUACUCACUGGUGCAGCAUUUGUAUUCAAAGAAUUUGAAAAUUUUAAUUUCUUCUUGUUUUGCAAUGCCAUUACUGAAAGUAAGUAAUCUCAUUUUAUUAUGAACUCAAAAUUAUUAAAUGAAAAUAUAUAUUUUUUUAAAUGGUACUUAAUUAUAAAAUUUAACUGGUUACAAGGAUAAUUGUUAUUUUGAAAAGUGGUGGGCAAAAGUAAUAUAAUCGUUUUUCACAGAGGGACAGUCCAAUUUUUAGACACAACAAUUAAUAUUAGUGUUCUAUGCCAUUUGAUGUCAGUAGUAAUGGAACGGAGGUGGUGGACAAUACCUGCUGGUCUCCAGGUGCAUAUUCAAACAAUACUAAAACAGUUUGACUACAUACAGUGGAGGGGAGCGGGGUGAGAGGAGAGGUACCAUAAUCGAUACAGCAUGUUGCAGUGGUUAUGGUGCUUGGUGUGUUCCUUUGAUGGAGUUACUUCUUUGCAAAGUGAAUGCUGGGACUGGAUGCAGUUAACAUUUUAUUAAGUCUCUUCUCUCAUAUAUAGAAUUGUCAGAUACUCUGUUUUCUUUUAUUGUCUCACAUGUAAAUUGAAGUAUCCUGAAAAAGUUUUUAUUUCCAUGUAUAGGGAAAAAAACUUUCAAAAUUGAACCAAAAAAACACUUGGAAAUCGCAAGUGAAGAAUGAGAAAGACAUGCAAACUGAAGAAAUACUACUGAAAGGACAGGUAACACCUUUAAUAAUAUGGAAAGCAAAAUCAUUUGCCACUUGAUUUACUAUGCAGAGUAAAUAGCCGUGCCAAGCUUUCAGUUUCCCUCCCUGGGAGCUGCAUACCAAAUCUUUCUCAAUUUAAUUUUAUGAACUUCUAAUCUAGAUCAUCAUUAUUACAUUUCUAUAUACCAUACUAAAUGUUUUAUUUUCAGAUUAAACUUUCAGAAGAGGAAGAAAUUGCAGCUGAAGUACAAACAGACAGAAAAAUCCUUGUGGACCAGGUAAUUGUAAUUCAAAUAAUAUUGUAUACUCAUGCUCUUCGAGUCUUGCAUAGAUUUUUGCUCUUCAUAUAUUUACAUCAUGAGCAUCUGUAGGUCCAGUAUAUUCAAUCACCACCAAUCUUCACUUCCCAUUCAAACUAAAAAACAAACAAAAAAACAAGGCAACUUGACUAUUCAAAUGUGUAAAUUUGUGUUGUUGUGUGUGUAUAUAUAUAUAUAUAUACACAUAUAUAGUAUGUAUGUAUAUCUGAGUGCAAAUGUGUCACAGUUUAUGUAUAUGUCUGAAUGCAUGUAUGUGUAUGUCUACAUGUGUGCAUGUUUAUAGUGUGUGUGUGUGUGUGUGUGCACGCAGUGUACGUGUUUAACAGUGUGGCUAGCAGCAUGAGUAGCAGUGUGUGUAGCAGCAGCGUGUUGUAGUAAUGUCUGUUUGUGUUUAGUGUGGGUAGCAGUAUACGUCUGUGUCAAUAAGAGCAUGUGUGUGCUAGUUUGUUUAGAAGUGUAUGAAUAGUGUGUGUGUGUGCGCAAGCCAAAAUAUGUUCUAAUAAUGUGUGUGUCAGUGUGGCUUUGUGUGCCUGUCAUGCAUUUCUGAGUUGGCCAUUCUGGUCCCAGUCCUCUCUCUAACUCUGCAGGACAUGUUUAUAUUCAGUCUGAGGGGGCGGGGCCAAGCACAAAUCACUGUGUUCAGUCUGAGGGGGCGAGCCAUGCAGGGAUCACUGUGUUCCGUCAGAGGGGGCGGGGCCAUCAGAAUGCAUACAGAGAUCAUACAGCAGCCUCUGUUCUAGUCAACAAACACAGCAGGAGCCCCCAUCAGACAUGGGACUGUGUGCAGCUUCCCACUGUGCCUAAUAGGAAAUCAGACCCUGGCUCAGGAUAUAUUUUUGAUAUUGAUAUUAUUUGAAGUCAUUGAAUUGACUCUCUUCUUUUCUUUUCAUAGUCUAUUCUGUGCAAUGUGGUGACAAUAACCGAAGAUUAUUCAGAGUCAACAGGGGAGACAUACAGUGCUCCUAAAGAGGUAACAGACUAAACAGUAUUUAUAGUUUACUAAUUAGAUUAAAAGAACACCCCCACCCCCAUAACAAAUUCAGCUAAUUAUUUUGUGAGUGUCCGGGGAUACACUUUCUCUCAAUGGGCAGUCAGUGAUAGGCUAAAAGUGACAGCUGACUCUCAGUCUAUAACUUGCUGUCUGGCGAAACAUUCUUCAUUCUGUGGAGGGAAUGAGGAUGAAAGCUGGGCAGCAGAGGUUUCAGGGGCACAUGCUUGAAUUUCAGGGUUAAAACAUUGCAAAACGGUUGAUUCCUGAAUGUAAGAAGGCACCUGGACUUUCUUAAACCCAUACCUUCAAUGAGCAGAAGAAGAGGAGGGUGGUAGGAUCCCUUUAAUUUUUAGAACACAGUGGUAGAGAUGUUAAUGCUAAUAUUUUGUGUUUACUUUGUUAGAUUUUGUCAAAGGAAAAAGAUGUUAAUGAAAGCAGAAGCUUUCUGUAUAAAAUGUUCUGGUGCUGCUCUAACUGCUACAAGAACACUGAUGAAGAAAUCGCCGUCCCCAUUGCAGUGAAAACCGUGGAAGAAUAG